CAAGUCCGGCGCACCUUUCAGCAUAAAUAAAAAUUUGUUCGUCACUUUUCUUGGGAAGUAAACAAAACAUUAUCUGUGUUGUUGAUACUUGACGUUGUAGUUGCAAUUUAUUAGUCGUACGGUGGCCGACGUUGGUGUUUAUUGAUCUUGAUUCAAAGUUGCUUGCCAUUCAAAGUACGUAUCUGCACAGAGCGAGAAGCUCUGUCCUCUACAUCCUGCUGAGUAGUCAUACGGCCGUCGAGAAACAUUAUUACACCUAUCAAAUAAAGCUGGUCGCGCGAGGGGCUGAGACUCAGUUGAGUGAAUGCAUUCGUGCAGAUCGGUUCGCGAGUUUGUUUUUUCCCCUUUAGUUUGUAGUGUACUCGUAAUGCGUUUUUUUUGCUGUCGACAUUGCCGUCGGUCGUUUUUAUGUACGGUUUCUUAAAAUUUAAUAAACUUGGUAUGUCUGUUCGCUUAAUGCAAAGCUAGAGUUAACCAGAUUUCAAUGAAAAUAAGUGUUGGUGGUUUAUUGUAUGUUUCAAGUGCUUAUUUGAAUAUUUUAUGUUGUGUAUCGAAAACUGGAAUUAGUAUCAAUUAUUACGUAGGAAAAAUUGAUAAUAUCGUGCAUUACCAAAUUUUAAUACGAAGCAAAAUAUGAAAUAUCAAAUUCCAAAUCUAAAGAUGCAACAUCUGGGAUCGCGGGUAGGUGGCAUGCUGGUGAUUGUGUUACACUUAGUUGCUUUUCAAUUUGCGGAAGGAGUGCAUUCAAAUUAUCUACAGCAUGACGUUAAACAUAUACUCGACGGAAGGCAUUGUAGUCAUCAGCAUCCUAAAGCUCAUGAGGUAGUACACGGUGUACAGCUCGAGCCGCUUCAUGUAAUACGAAAACGUAGCAUUGAUCAACCACUACGAAUAUUACUAGUUUACGAUGAAUCUGUGUACCGACUGGAUUCCGACAAAUUCGCGCUUAUCAACGAUACAAUACUUCCGGAAGCUGUACGAUUCUGGGAACAAGCGUUGAUGGUGCGUCAAACUAAAGAGAUAAUAAGACUGAAUCGAAAGUGCGAAAGUAGCCAGGUGUUCGUGAAAAAUUCCCUCACCUAUUGCAUUGAUUCUUGUAAACCAGUUACGCUUUGCGGCGAGGUGCAAGUUCCAGAAGAUCACCUGGACGUUUGCCGCAUUUGCAAUUCGACAGGACAAGACUGCCGAGACGAUGAUAGCACUGCAGCAGGAUCAGGAAUCUCGAAUGCCGAUUUUGUGUUCUACGUAUCCGCCCGGCAAUCUGAGCGUUGCCAUAAAGGUCUCACGGUGGCAUAUGCAGCUCAUUGUCAGCAGGAAGCCGCGCUAGAUCGACCCAUUGCGGGUCAUGCGAAUCUUUGCCCUGAAAGUAUUAGUAUAAAACCGCAGGAACUGCAGACGCUUUUAUCCACUGUAAAGCAUGAAAUAUUACAUGCCCUUGGGUUUUCCGUGAGUUUAUACGCUUUCUUCCGAGACGAUGAAGCCAACCCUCGCACUCCGCGGAAGCCGGACACAGGAAAACCGUAUCUCAAUGAGAAAUUGCAAAUUCACCAGUGGAGUGAUCAGACUAUUAAAAAGAUAACACGAAACGAUUGGGCUGUGCGAGGAGGUUAUAUCAACAGGACGAUUGAUAUGAUGGUAACACCGCGGGUGACUAAGGAGAUUAGAGACCAUUUUGGUUGCCAAAAGCUUGAAGGGGCUGAGUUGGAAGAUCAGGGAGGCGAAGGAACUGCAUUGACACACUGGGAGAAACGUGUACUUGAGAAUGAAGCAAUGACAGGAACACACACGCAAAGUUCAGCUUUCUCAAGAAUCACGCUUGCAUUGAUGGAAGAUUCGGGAUGGUAUAAAGCAAAUUAUAGCAUGGCAUCACCACUGACUUGGGGUCGAGGAUUAGGUUGCAACUUUGCUAUGAAAAGCUGUAAAGAUUGGAUAACAACGAACAACGCAAGGGGUCGCUCUAUACAUCCAUUCUGUGCGAAAGUGAAACGUGAUCCACUACAAACCGAGUGUACUGAUGAUCGUAGCUCGGUAGCUCUAUGCAACUUAAUCCGUCACGAGAGUGUCUUACCGCGGCAAUAUCAAAAUUUUGAUUCCCUUGCACACGUGCCGAAUGGCGAUGAAACAUUUUUUGGAGGAUCGGUUUCAUUGGCAGACCAUUGUCCAUAUAUACAGGAGUUCACUUGGAGAAGUAGGAACGUUGUUGUAAGAGGUUCACAAUGUCAAUUUGAAGACAACAAUCCGAAACCGGAGAAAAAUUUUGCUCUGGAGUCAUACGGCCCUGAGUCGAAGUGCUUCGAUCAUAGCGAACACAUGUGGGAGGAAAGGUCUUGCCGGCAAACUCGUGAAUGGCAGCAUUGGGGGUCUGGAUGCUAUCAGUAUAAAUGCGAAAGAGGACGUCUACAUAUUAUUAUCGCUAACUUUUCAUAUGAAUGUUUUUACGCUGGUCAGCAGUUGAGCGUGCGUCUUAUGGCCGGUGGCUGGUUGCAUAAAGGGGCUGUAAUAUGUCCUUCGUGUAAAGAACUGUGCAACGCAGAAUUUGAACAACGAGGAGAAAGAUGUAAAACCAGUGAAGAUGCACCAUUGUCCGGCUAUUAUCCGAAACAUCAGUUGAAGUGUAGUGCAGCUACGAUAUCGUGUAUAAAUAAUAAUCUCCUUACUUCGAUUCUAGCAUUUGUUUGCAGUAUGUCAAUUAUUUUGCGACUAGGAAGAUGAAUUCCGUUUAAAUUCGAUACGUUUGUACAAUUUUAACACUAAUUUAUGCAAGUCUAACAUCAUGUGAUAAUGUGUUUGUGUUUAUUUUUCGUUUUAUGUGCACAACAGAUGCUUUUAUUUAGAUAUAACUUUUUGUAGUCGCUGGAUGUAAAUACGCAGUUUUUUUGUAAAUAGAGUACUUGUGAUCAAAAUGUAAGAAAUUUUACAAAGUAAAAAAUUGUACAUAGUUAGGUAUCGGAAUAGAUUCAACCUUUAAAUGAAAAAGACAUCGAGAUAGAUCUCACUCUGAUAAUUUCAUUCAGAACCACGCAAAUUAGUUUGUAAGUAGCAAGUUUUUCAAUUAUUAUUUUUAGUCUAGUACAAGUGUCAACUGGAAGUCGAUUGCUUCCCCAUACUAUCGUAUGGGUGAAGUGUUCCUUAAUUUGGUGCCGUCAUAGUUUGAGUUAAUCAAGUGAGUAGGGUAGAAAUCGGAUGUUAAACUGCCAAAGUAUUGUUGAUCGAACAAAGUAUGUAGGAGUUAUGUGGUAAAAUAGAAUGAUUUCAGUAUUGAUAUAA